AUGGCCGGUAGCCUGUGCAGUAUCCAUGCAUACUUCCAGAUCGUGGAUGAGGCACGUGCCACGACGGUCAUGAACACAUACGUCGAGAGCACCAAGGCUGAGAAGGGCUGUUUGUGGUAUGCAUGGGACCGAGCCGGGAACAAGUUGUUCUGCAACGAGGCUUAUGAGGAUGCGCAGGCUGUGCUUACUCACAUGAAGAACCUUGAGAAGCUCGGCGAUUUCAAUGGUGCUGCCAAGCUCACUCAGAUUGAAUUUCAUGGGCAAUCUGUGGAACUUGAGAAACUUCGGGCCACCGCCACGGCUGUCAACGCCCGGCUUUUCACAGAGGACCAGGGUGCAAGCUUUAUGCACCCGGUCUCAGGAGCAGAGGCAUGCACCCCGUCAACGUUGUGUACAGUACACGCGUACUACGACUUGAUGGACGAAAACAAGGCGGAGCCCGUGCUUGCCGACCUGGCAGCAAAGACGAAGACGGAGAGAGGCUGCCUGUACUACGGAUGGACGAAGGCGGGCGACACGCUCUUCUGCCGGGAGGGUUACUUGGACUCAGCUGCUGUGUUAGCCCACCUAAGCAACGUGCAGUCCUUUGGGGGUUUGUCCAACUGCGCGACGUUGCGGCGGUUGGAGCUCCACGGGCCGGCCGCAGAGAUCGCCAAGCUGCGCCAGGUCGCGCAGGAGAUGAAAGCCGAGUGCUUCGAGCGGGUGUCCGGGUUCCAGCGCCUGGAGUUAGACUCGGCCGUGAAGGCUUCGGCUGUGGGAGGAGUGGUUUUGGAUCCGGCGGUCUUGCGGGACUUCUGCUCGAUCCAUGCCUACUACAAAGUGUCGAACGAGGAGGCCGCCAAGGGCCUGAUAAAGAGCUUCGAGGCCAGGACCAAGGCGGAGAAGGGCUGUUUGUGGUAUGCAUGGGACCGAGCCGAGGAGAAGUUCUUCUGUAACGAGGCCUACGUCAAUGCCGAGGCCGUCCUCGCACAUGUGCAGCAUCUCGAGGGUGUGGGCUCCUUCGAUGGGGCCGCUAAGCUCACUGAAAUCGAGUUUCAUGGGCCUGCAGCAGAACUGGAGAAGGUGAUGGGCACUGCAAAGAAGCUCGGUGCUUCCCUUUUUGCCUUGGAGUCGGAUGUGAACUUCAGGCUUGUAGAUUUCUGCUCAGAGGGUAAACCUGCCGACCUGUGCACCAUCCAUGCCUACUACAAGGUGACAGAUGAACCUGGCGUGAAUGAUGCGCUCGCAGAACUGGUGAAGUUGUCUCGCGCAGAGGAGUCCUGUAUCUACUACGGCUGGACCCGUGCGGGCUCCAAGCUCUUCUGCCGCGAGGGCUACACCAGCGCGGACGCUAUCCUCGCGCACCUUGAGAAUGUCUCUGCCUGUGGCGACCUUACAAAGUGUGCCAAACCGUACCGCAUCGAGUUCCAUGCGCCGAAGGCGGAGAUUGCCAAGUUGCAGGGCACAGCUGACAAGAUGGGAGCUUUUUGCUUUUCGCGGCAGUCCGGCUUCCAGCACUUCCGGGCCAAAACCUCUGCACCUUCUCGUCCCUUGCCUUUGAGGAGCAGCGGCGAUGAUGGCCUGGAGCACCUCAAGAAGCAGCUCCUGCGAGUGGCAGUGGUGCUGAAGUACGUGGGUUUGGGGGGGCACAUGCUGGAAAUCUUCCUGGCGCUCCUUGGCAAGCUGGCCCAGCGCAGGCUCACGACUUUCCCUAGGAUGAAUCUACUGGCAAGCCUUCUGAUCGUCCUGGGACUCCUCGCAGAGCGGCCGCCGCGGCUCUCUCGACUGCAGUAA